AUGGGGAACACCAUCAGGGCCCUGGUGGCCUUCAUCCCUGCUGACUGCUGCCAGAACUACGUGGUCAGAGAUCUCCGGGAGAUGCCCGUGGACAAGAUGGUAGAUCUGAGUGGGACCCAGCUACGCCAUUUCCCCGGGCACGUGUGCUCCUUCCGGGAGCUGGUCAAGCUCUACCUGAGUGACAACCACCUCAACAGCCUGCCUCCUGAGCUGGGGCAGCUGCAGAAUCUGCAGAUCCUGGCCCUGGAUUUCAACAACUUCAAGGCUCUGCCCCAGGUGGUGUGUACUUUGAAACAGCUCUGCAUCCUCUACUUGGGUAACAACAAACUUUGCGACCUCCCCAGUGAGCUGAGCCUGCUUCAGAAUCUCCGGACCCUGUGGGUCGAGGCCAACUGCCUCACCCAGCUGCCGGAGGUGGUCUGCGAGCUGAGUCUCCUAAAGACUCUGCAUGCCGGCUCCAAUUCUCUGCGUCUGCUGCCAGGCCAGCUCCAGCGCCUCCGAGAGCUGCGGACCAUCUGGCUCUCAGGCAACCUGCUGACUGACUUCCCCCCCGUGCUGCUGCACAUGCCCUUCCUGGAGGUGAUCGACGUGGACAGGAACAGCAUCCGUUACUUCCCCAGCCUGGCCCACCUGUCGAGUCUGAAGCUGGUCAUCUAUGACCACAAUCCCUGCAGGAACGCACCCAAGGUGGCCAAAGGCGUGCGCCGCGUGGGAAGAUGGGCAGAGGAGACGCCAGAGCCUGACCCCAGAAAAGCCAGACGCUACGCCUUGGCCACGGAGGAAAGUCAGGAGGGAGAGGCACUUGUCCUGCCUCCUCUACUUCUUCCUCCCAACUCCUGA